AGUGUGGGGCCCAUUCAAGCUGCAGUCCUCAAAUGUAGAGUUCCACUGCUUCCUAUAAGCAUUGAUUCCAGGUGGCUGACGAUAGGAUAGGCCACACACGACCCAGCGGCCGGACUCAAGCUAGACUCGAAUAGCGACAUUUUCAAUGUCGUCUUGUCUGGGAUCUGUAACGGGUGUAUGGUCCUUCGAGCGCAAGCCCAAGUGGCCUUCGCGAACGGUUCUCGACAGGAUACUGGUUUUGGCGUUUAUACGCACCAUAUUAUCAUGAUGGACAUCGGGCGACCGAUGGUGACACUUCCCGUCGAAGCUAGAUGCAAGAACGGAACCAAAGGGGGAGGGUUUGACUCACUUGGUGCGCUCGGCGGUGCCGCUAUGGGUGGGAUGGGGGGGAGCGGUGCUGGGGCUCCCUCUGGUGGCCAUUCGCAUGGCCGCAAGAACAAGCGCCAACAUGAUCAUUCCGGUUCGGAGGGUACGCCGAUGGCUCCCGAAGGUAUAUCGGUUCCUCCGGGUUUCCAAAUGCCUGCGAUUUCCGUUCUCGUUGGCACCGGUGAGGAUGCGUCGCCGCAAGUUUUUGCCUCGAAAGACCCGAAGGUUAAGAGUGGAUUUUACAUUGGAAGCAAUGACACCUUCACGGCGAUGGUGGAGGCGGUCAACUAUAAUCCGUACGAGAAGGAUAUUUACCUCAGCAUGGACUACGAGUAUAUUCCAGGUCCUCGUGAGCCCGGCUGGCUUAAUUCUGGCAUUGGAUCGAUUAGCAUCGACGGCUGCGAAGGGGGUCUUGGCUUCCAUCCCCCGGCGGACGGUCCUAUUACAUUCACGUCGAAUGAAUGGAUUGCAGGAGCCAAUGGCUAUCUGAUCAACUUUACACCGCAUCUACACGAUGGGGCCAUCAACAUCGAGGUCUUCCGCAACGGAACACUGGUCUGUCAUUCCGAUGCGAUCUAUGGCGGCGAUGAGGGAGAUUCGGCGCUAUCGGUCGGCACUGAUACGUGGGAGACCAUAUCUGGAUAUACCGAGUGCCUGGAAGCCGUCAAAGUUUCGACAGGAGACAUCCUGACGAUGACGUCGCUGUAUGACCUGACAAAGCAUAAAUUGUAAGGCGUCCCAUGUAUGAGGGACGACCGAGAAGCUAACCAAUUCAACAGGCGACCCGAUUCACAGAACCAUGAUAUGGGAGCUGAAGCAAUGGCGCUGGCCAAUUUCAUGUUCGCAGCGGAGCCAGCAGGAGCUGCUUCACCUGUUCAGUCUGAAUCACCUGUUGCAACGAAGCCAUCAAUUCCAGUUCCGGAAGCU